CGUCCCAGUUGCCUGCUGGAAUGCACAAUGUAGGAGACGCGGGGUGGCUGGCGGGCGGGGGGAAGUAUGACAGGCAUUAAGUUGCGGCAAGUCUAGUUGGGUGGAGCUCCCCUUCCAGAAAGACGUCGGUGGAAAGCUGCCUUUAUACCCGAGUCGGGGGAAACACCGCCUCAUUCACGUCGGAUACCUCUCCCACUUCACUUCCUGACACGAGCGGCCCUUCUGUUGCCAUUGGCAGCGCCAGGCCGGGGUCUGAAAUCCGAAUUUUGAGCCAGAGCCCGGGAGAGGGAGGGCGGCCAGCUGCUCUUCCAGCGACAGCAAACGAGAGAGGAAGGUUGGCCGGGCCCGGCCCGCUGCGGCGCCUCGGGAAGAGUCAUCAUCCAGCCCGCUAACAAUACAGCGAGCCCUCAGCAAACUCGCUCACACUCCCCGGGCUCUCAGACUGGAAAGCGGAGAGAGAGAGCCGAUUCGGAAUGGCACCAGUGGGUUCAGGCACAGGGCGCCGGGCGCUGGCAGUGAUCCUCUUCACCCUCUCCUGUUGUUACGGGUUUAAUUUGGACACUGCCAAGCCGUCCGUUUAUUCCGGACCUCAGGGUAGUUACUUCGGAUUUGCUGUGGAUUUUUUCACACCUCUCCCGACAAAGAUGAAUAUUCUAAUUGGAGCCCCAAAGGCAAACACUUCUCAGCCAGACAUUGUCGAAGGUGGGGCAGUAUACAAAUGCCCCUGGAUCAACGGGCUCAGCAGCUGCGAGCAAUUCCAAUUUGACACGACAGGUAACAGGGUUAAAAGCCAGGAUGACCUAUUGGAAUUCAAGUCGUACCAGUGGUUUGGUGCAUCCGUGAGAACUCAUGGCGACAAGAUUCUGGCUUGUGCACCCCGUUAUCACUGGAGAACAUUAGGAACUCAAGAACGUGAACCAGUGGGUACCUGUUUCCUUGCAGAUGGGGAAAAGAUAGUGGAAUAUGCACCGUGUCGAUCAGGCAGAACUAGGGCUGAUGGUCAAGGAUUUUGUCAGGGAGGUUUCAGCAUUGAUUUUACAACGACCGGCAGAGUGGUUCUUGGGGGACCUGGCAGUUUUUACUGGCAAGGUCAGUUAAUCUCUGACGAAGUACAAGAAAUUGUGACAAUGUACAAUAGUUCAGAGCUGGUCACAAAGUUUCCACAUCAAGUUGCAACUCGUAAUGCAGAAGCUGUGUAUGAUGACAGCUACCUUGGCUAUUCAGUAGCUGUUGGAAAUUUUACCCAAGAUUCAGUAGAAGAUUUUGUAACUGGUAUCCCAAGAGGAGCAAAGUCUUUAGGCUAUGUGACUAUUUUAAAUGGAUUGAAUAUGGCAUCCGUCUACAAUUUUACUGGGGAACAGAUGGCUGCUUACUUUGGUUACUCUGUUGCUGUUACUGAUCUGAACAAUGAUGGACGUGAUGACCUUUUGGUUGGAGCACCUCUUUUUAUGGUUCGUGGUUCUGACGGGAAGUAUAGAGAAGUGGGGCAGGUGUAUGUUUAUCUACAAGAUGCUUCAUUUAGCUUUACAAAUGCCCUGAAGCUGACUGGCACGGAGACCUAUGCCAGGUUUGGAUCAUCAAUUGCGCCUCUCGGAGACCUUGAUCGAGAUGGUUAUAAUGAUAUUGCAAUAGGAGUUCCUUAUGCAGGAGAAGACCAUAAAGGUCUUGUUUACAUAUAUAAUGGAAACUUAUCUGGUCUAAAUCCACAACCUUCUCAGACAUUGAAAGGACAGUGGGCCUCAAACAAAAUGCCUGCAAGUUUUGGUUAUGCCAUGCAAGGUGGUGUUGAUAUUGAUGCAAAUGGAUACCCAGACUUAAUUGUGGGAGCUUUUGGAGUUGACAAAGCAGUUGUUUACAGAGCCAGACCAGUAAUUCAUGUAAAUGCUUCUUUACGAGUCAACCCAUCAAUCUUGAAUGCAGAGAACAAAAGCUGUACACUGAGAGAAAAUGUCAUGGUAUCCUGUUUUACAGUUACAUAUUGCUUAAGUGCAUUUGGAAUAAGAGUCACGGACUACGUGGAUUUUAAUGUGGAAUUGCAUCUGGAUAGACAAAAACAGAAGGGUGCUAUCAAGAGAGCUAUGUUUCUUCACAGUUCCCUUUCCUCUUAUGAGAAGAAAAUGCAAGUAGAAAAUAGUCGAAGGAAAGUUUGUGAAGAAUUGAAAGCCUUUCUGAGAGAUGAGAGUGAGUUCAGAGACAAAUUGGCUCCCAUUGAUAUCUACAUGGAGUACAGCCUAGAUUUAAAAACUGCAACAGAGAGGACUGGACUGCAACCAAUCCUCAACAAAUUUACUCCAAAUAAUAUCACUGAAAAGGUACGCAUUUUACUGGAUUGUGGCGAUGACAACAUCUGUAAACCUGAUCUUAAACUCUCUGUGCAAGGCGAUCGAAAGCAGCUGUACAUUGGUGAUGAGAAUCCCUUAACCCUGAAUAUAAAUGCACAGAAUGAAGGUGAAGGAGCCUAUGAAGCUGGACUCUACAUUGUGUUACCACCGCAAGCAGAUUAUGUUGGGGUUGUUCGCAACAAUAAAAGCCUCACUAGAUUGUCCUGUGCUUACAUGGCAGAGAAUGAAACCCGGACUGUAGUUUGUGACCUUGGAAACCCUAUGAAAGCUGGAACAAAUCUCUGGGCUGGUCUCCGAUUCAGUGUGCGUGAGCUACAAGAGGCUGAAGCAGCUGUUACCUUUGACCUGCAAAUUCGAAGUUCCAACAAACACAAUGCAACAAGUGAAGUGGUUUCUUACACAGUUGACAUUACUGUCCUAGCUCAAGUGGAUAUCCGAGGUGUCUCUUCUCCUGAUCAGUUGUUUUUACCUAUUGCAAACUGGAAGGCAAACCCUGAGAGUGAAGAGGAAGUGGGUCCACUGGUCAUACAUGUGUAUGAGAUACGGAAUAAUGGACCAAGUGCAUUUAGUAAAGCCAUAUUAGACCUACAGUGGCCCUACAGGUAUAAGGAGGCUUAUCUGUUGUACAUAAUGGACUACACGCCUGAAGGUCCUAUGAACUGCACAUCUGAUACAAUUAUCAACCCACUGAAGUUAAAGACUGCAGGUUCAACAACAAACCAGACAUCUUCAACUAAAAGUCCAAAAAAUCUGCAUCACAUAAAACGCAGAGAGAUAACUGAGUCAGAAGGAAUUGAGGUGCUGGGAUGUGACAAAGCAGAAUGUCUGAAAAUAAACUGUCAGAUUGGCAAGCUGGAAAGAGGCAAGAGUGUAGUUCUGCACAUUAGAUCACGACUGUGGGGUGAAACAUUUAUGAAGAAAGAGAAUCAGUCCUACUCCUUGAUGGCUUCAGCAUCAUACAGUGUCAUAGAAAUGCCAUAUAAAAACUUCUCUGCUGAACUUCCCAAUGGAUCCAUUGUGGUUACCACCUUAGUGACUUGGGACAAGGUGAUAACUCCUCACCCGGUGCCAGUUUGGGUUAUUAUAUUGGCACUCCUUGCUGGUCUACUGCUUCUAGCUCUUUUGGUAUUUAUCAUGUAUAAAAUCGGUUUUUUCAAACGUGUCCGACCACCACGCAAAGAUUCCAUUGAACGGCAGCAACUCCAGCCACAGGAAAUGAAUGGAGAUGGGGCUACAGAAACGUAAAUGUCACUUGGGUUUAAACAAACUUCCUGGAACUCCAAUUACUCUAAACCCUGGACUUGAAGUGAACAACUUAACUAACAUGGUGUGAAAUGAACUACCAAGAAUGCAGUCUGCACUAGCAUCUUUAUUUGUAUUGACGUGGUGGUAGGUACAAGUAUUGAGCAAGGGCAAUAUAAAUUUAGCUUUGCUGGUUCCUACUGAUGUGGUUCAUGUAUUUCAUUGCACUGAUUAGCACUUCAAAAUCUGCAUAAUAUUGCAGGUUCAAAAUGGUGAAAUUCAUUGCCAUUGUUGCUGUUAAAGCAAUUUGUGUUUUAAAUUUUAACUUUGAAGUGCAAUAUUAAAACAAGUUAAUAGAUCCUCACUGAAAAACAAAUCAUUAAAAGUCAUUUAAGAACAAGUCCUCGUAAAUGUAUUAAUUGUUGAUUUAACACCUUUUGUAGCAUUAUAUGACUGUUGUCAACAUAUUUGGAUGAAAGCAAAAUGGUUUUACAAUGAGAAUGUAUAUUAAAAAGUUUUAGAAUGUGAUUUGAUUGCCCAUAUUGGGCAAAUAGGGGGUAAUGUGUUCUGUAGGUUUUUCGCAUUUUAUUUUGGUCAACAUUGAAAUUAGUAAACGGAUGUAACAUGCACUACAGUGAACUAUUUUGAUGCUACUUACUGUGGACUCCUUGCCAGAGACACGUUUUUUCCCCUUGGUUGCACUGUAUAGCCUUUCAGACUUUGGUGUUACUGCAUUGAAAACCUAAAUGUAAUUCCAACAAAUGUAAUCCCCCAAAUAAGAGUGCAGAUCGUGACAAUAUUUAGUGCACCCUCUUUUAUAUCCUAUUUGUACAAACUGGCCUAUUCGGAAUCAGCAACCAAAUUAUAUUGCAGUUCUAAAAAAAAAUGUUUACAUAUGUGAAACAUAGAUACAGCUGAUUACUAAUGAUGCUACAUUUAAUAAAAGGAAAUUUGAAAACAUUUGUGCAUUUUUUUUAGAAUUAGUCUGUGUCCCUGUAGGUUUAAAAUAAAGAUAAAAGGGAAAUGAGUGUUUUGCCCUAUUUUAUCUUUUAAGAUACACAUUUGUUCUUUACUUGCUUAUAUAUGUAUUUGGUGAUUGUAUUUCAUGGCUUUUUAAAGGGAAUAAAUGGGAUAUAAAUUUCAA